UUCAUAAUCUAGUCUACAACACGUAAGACAAGUUUUGUCUGCAGAAGUAAACGUAAUAAUAGCCUUUAAAAAUUUCAACAAUGGCUGAAGAAUUAGUCAACAAUAAUUCGAUUCCUGUGAUAGCCGUAACAGCAGCUGUAGGAGCUGUUGUCUUUCUGUUUUUCCUGCUUUGCAGCAUUGCCAGGAAAGGCAAUAAAGACGAGGCGGAAAAUGAAAAUCAAGAUGAGGUCACAAAAACCGAAAAAUCUUCUGGUGGAAAACAUAAAGAUAGUCAGAAAAAAUCUAAAUCAGGGGAUAAAGGAACUUCAAAGAAAAAUGUAUCGAACAAUUUUAGCCACCCAUGGUUGUCUACAACUUUAAAAGGUCAUACAGGAUCAGUUACUUGCAUGGAUUUUAGUCCAAAUGGAAAAUAUCUGAUCUCCACAGCACAAGAUAGAUCAAUAUUUUUAUGGAGUACGAAAGAAUUUCAACAAAAGGUUCAUAAACUUAUUCGUGGAAAUGUUGACUUAGAUGAAGCAACUCACAUAGCCUUCAGCCCUGAUUCCAGGGCUUUUGUUGUAAAGUUGGAGAAUGAAAAUACUCUGAGAAUUUUUCGACUUGGGAAAAAGGAUGAUGGCAGUGCCGUCACUAUGACACAGGCACUAGAUUUCCCUAAAAAACAUACAGCAGAAAUAAUUAGUCUGGCUAUAGCUAGUAAUGGAAAGUUCAUCUUGACCUGUUUUGAUGAUACUAAAAUUAUACUCUGGAAUAUUAAAGGUGAAGUGAUAGAUACUAUAGAUACAAGAAUGAUGCAUAAUUAUUACGCUACUAUUUCACCAUGUGGACGAUUUGUUGGAGUUUCAGGGUUUACUCCAGAAGUUAAAGUAUGGGAAGUUAUAUUUGAUAAAGGAGGAAAUUAUAAAGAAUCGAAGAGAGCUUAUGAACUCAAGGGCCAUAACUCUGGAGUUACAAGCUUUAGUUUUUCAAAUGAUUCAUUUAAGGUAGCUACUGUAUCUAAAGAUGGUACAUGGAAAUUAUUUAAUACAGGUGUCAAAUUUGAAUUGGAUCAAGAACCCAAAUUAUUAUAUACAGGAAAACUAAGUGAACCAAUGAAACUGAUAUCGUUAUCUUUAGAUGGUAGAACAGUUGCUUUAGCAGGGGGAACAACUCUAAUGAUUGUAAAUUCAUCUUCUGGCAAAGUUGAAGAAAUUAUGAGAGAUGUACACACAGAACCUAUAUGUGCCUUAUCGUUUGAUGUUAGUGGUAAAUAUUUAGCAACAACAGGAGAUAGAUUUAUACAGAUAUUACAUAAUAUAACUGGUUAUAGAGCUACAAUACAAGAUUUACAAGAAAAAGAACGAAAUGCUACAACAGCUGGAAUGAAAGAUAGAUUAAAACAACAAAUAAAAGAAGCUAGAGACUCGUUAUGCAUAAUCAUGGGUAAUGAAAAUGGUCAGGCACAGAAUGGUCAGUCAAAAUAAUACCAGCCAACACUUCAUCAAAAUACAUCAACUAUUUUAUUUGUUUUAAAAAAAUAAAAAUCAUCUCUUAUUCUAUUUAAACAUUA